AAUUUUCGAGUUUAAUAGACAAGUAACAAGUUUGGUUUUCGCAGUAUUUGUGUUUUUUUAUGUAUGCCACUUUUGGCGGAACAUUUCUGCAUUUGUGAUUAUGAUGUAAUGUUUUGAAAGACAAGGUAUCUUCGUCGUCGCUUCCUUGUUUCCCCAUCGAAUGGUGGUGACUGGUGAACUUGCAUUUGAAAGAACUAUUUCCUCUGAGAACUUCGAGAAGCGAUGAAAGAAGAAAAGAAACAUUCUUCGAAGAAGGAAUCAUCUGCACCGAAGUUCCGUAAGCGAUGCUACUUGGACAUCGCCAUCGGCGAGCGGAAUGCAGGUCGCCUUGUGAUCGAACUGUACGACGAUGUGGUGCCUCGCACGGCGGAAAACUUUCGCGGUCUGGCCACAUCGGAAUACGGAAUGGGACAGACAACGCACAAGAAACUCACCUACCAGGGUGUGCUCUUUCAUCGGGUUAUCAAGGAUUUCAUGAUCCAAGCUGGAGAUUUUACAGCUUUCGACGGAACGGGUGGUGAAUCGAUUUACGGCGGCAAAUUUCCGGAUGAAAACUUCAUCCUUAAACACGACCGACCGUUUUUGGUAUCUAUGGCCAAUGCUGGCGUCAACACCAAUGGAUCCCAGUUUUUUAUUACAUGUCAGCCGUGCCCUUUUCUGGAUAACAAACACGUUGUUUUUGGACAAGUGGUUGCAGGACAGGAGCUGGUCCGAGAAAUCGAAGCCCUUCCCACCAAGGCCAACGACGUACCGGAGCAUCCGGUACGAGUGAUCAAGUGUGGCGAGUUGGUGCCUGUUUUCGCUGACAAAUCCAAGAAGAAUAAGAAGGAAAAGCACAAGAAGCGCAGUAAACGGGACUCUUCAUCAUCGAGUAGCUCCUCCAGCAGUUCCGGCAGCUCAUCAUCAUCCGAUUCCGAGAAAGAGAAGAAGAGGCGCAAACGUAAAAAGGCCAAAAAAGCCAAAGAGAAGGAAAAGAAGGAAAAAUCAAAAGCUAAAACUGAGGCUAAACCUGAACCUGAAGUUUAUUGCACCGUGCGACCCGAAGAAAUUCCUGAAGUGCCAAGCAAUCGCUUCCUACAACGUCACACCUCGCCACCACCAGAGCAAACAAAAACGGGACCACCACCGGACCACGCUCGUUCACCGGAAGGACGUGGCCGACAGCCGGAGGUGAGGGAGGCGGAUUCGUCGUUGACGCUCCAGCCGGGAACCAAAGUCGAUUACCCGAGCUCGUUCGAUGAGCGAAAUCGGCAACCGAAUCGGUUUGCGGAUCGGGAACCGCUUGUGCGCAAAGAUUUUGACGGGAUCACUGUAAAGGGACGCGGCAAGAUUCGCUUUAAUGCGCGGCGCAGUGAAACUCCACCGCACUGGAAAAAUCCAAAGGACAGGGACAGACCGUGGAGACAGCGCGAUAACCAGGCUGGUUAUGUGCGCCAAGAAGAGCCAGGAAUCGGCUCGAAUAGCGCGUCAUGGAAGCAGUCGAAGGAAGCGGAUAAGCCUGUUGCCCAACCACCGCCCAAUCCACCACGAUCAAGUGUUACCGAUAACAGCAAAUACAACAGCAUUCCAUACGAUUACAAGGCGAGAGCGGAACCCUCCAGCGGGCGGCGAGAGGACCAUCGAGAGGAGAAACGCGAUGACAAAGAGUAUCGCGACCGGGUGCGGUCCAAGUGGCACAGUCCGGAGCAGCGCUAUGGGAAACGGGUGGUUAGUCCGGGGAUGGGCCGAAGACGCGAUAGUAGGAGUCCGGAGAGGCGGAGAGGAAUGGCGCGAUAAUCUGUUCUGGGGUGUUUGGGUUAUCCUGACUUGUGAACCACUUUCUGAAAUUUCACGAACAUAGUUACGUUACGUUCUUUCAUGUCUUGUAUAUGCUUUCAGUUCUUUAAACGCGACAUUGAUUCCAUUGAAUGAACUGUGAGAACGAGGACGUUAAGUUGGCAUUACUUUUGUUGGGUUUUUAAUUAAAAUUUUUCGUGUAAAAAUUGUUUUUGUUUGAGAAUUCAAGUACAUAUGUUUGUAGUUGUUGCUGAUCGUCGUUUUUCUUAUCUUAGGAAAUCUAUGAUAAAACUGCGCAUUAAAAAUUUCGGGAUUUGGGAGACUUCCUUUGGGUGUGCAAUU